AUGUUGAACCUUUCUUACAACAUUCUGACAACUUUGGAGCAAUUUCCAGGAAAGAAUCUUCAUGUUCUUGACAUUCAGUCCAACUUGCUUCAAGGGCCAAUUCUCUCAACUUGCUUGAAUCCUCAAAUUCCAAAUCCUCCACAAUUUCUGAAAUUAUUCUUAAUUUCAGAGAAUAAAUUGACUGGAAACAUCCCCUCUUUGAUUUGCAAUUGGAGUUCGCUUAUAGUUCUCGACUUGUCUAGAAAUAGCUUGAGUGGAACUAUUCCAGAAUGUCUUGGAAAUUUCAGCGAUUCUCUCAAGUUCAUGAAUUUGCAGAUGAAUAACUUUUAUGGCAAAAUCCCUGAUACUUUUAUGUAUGAUAAUCAGUUGAGAAAUCUUUUUCUCAAUGACAAUCAAUUGGAAGGAUCACUGCCGCGAUCUUUGGCUAAUUGUAGUUCCUUGGAAGUUAUAAAUUUAGGGAACAACAAGUUGACUGAUGCUUUUCCCCAUUGGCUAGCUUCACUUACAAGGCUACAAGUUCUUAUCCUGCAAUUUAAUGGAUUGCAUGGUUCGAUGCCCAAUUCCAUAGCUUCAUGUAACUUCUCUGCAUUGCGGAUAAUUGAUCUCUCCAGAAAUGAGCUCACUGGCCCCUUGCCUACCAAAUUAUUCCAAAAUUUGAGAGCAAUGAGAGAUGUACCAGAAGAGACAUAUACGGGGUCAAAAUUUUUCUGGACUGGAAGAGAUAGCUUUAGUUAUGAUGAGGACCCAACUUAUGUGAAUGUAACAACGAAAAGAUCGGAGCUUAAGUUGGUGAAAACCUGGGCCAUUUUCACAGCCAUGGAUUUUUCAAACAACCUAUUCUGUGGACAUAUUCCUGAAGAACUUGGAGAACUUAUUUCACUGCAAGCGCUUAACUUAUCCCACAAUAACUUCACUGGUCCUAUCCCACCAUCUUAUGGAAAUUUGGUAGCACUUGAAUCGUUGGAUCUUUCAUCGAACAAGCUUGGUGGUAGAAUUCCUUCUCAGUUGACGAAUAUGACAUUCCUGGAAGUGUUAGAUCUUUCGGAAAACGAUCUUGUCGGGCCAAUCCCCAAUGGGAAGCAAUUUGAUACAUUUGAGAAUGAUUCUUAUAGUGGUAACUUGGGAUUGUGUAGCUUCCCACUGUCAAAGCAAUGCGACAACCAGGAGGGACCAAAGCCACCGGGACCUAUGUUUGUGACACAUGAAGGUACUUCUGCAAUACCCUUUAUUUGGAAAGUCGCAAUGAUGGGCUAUGGUUGUGGAGUGGUGUUAGGAUUGAGCAUAGGAUACAUUGUUUUCACAACCAGAAGACCCUGGUGGAUUGUUAGAAAGAUCGAGAGAGAUUGGCAAAAAAAUGUCACUAAGUGGAUUCGUAGGAAUGGCAAAAGAAAAAACUAG